GGGUGGAGUUAUGGGCAGCGCUUUUAGGAAUGGGUCCGAAACAUAUUUAGUUAGUCAAGACAGUUACGGAGAAGAGUUGAAAACACCUGAUGAUCUCUUGGACAAUCCGCUCCAUAUCUCAUUUAAGUGUUAAAAGAUAAUCUACCUCGAAUCUUGAUUUUUGUUGAGUUUUGUGUUAUUUCUCUGAAGCCUCUCCAGUUGUAAAUCUCAUAUUGCUAAUUUUUAUAGAAAUACUUAAAAAUAACGUAACUAGGUGAUAAGGAAACAUUGCACUAUAUUUUUAAUUGUUUGUAUUCUACUAUUUUGCACUAAAAUAUUGGUGAAGAUGCACACCACGCAGAAGGACACGACCUACACGAAGAUUUUUGUCGGGGGUCUUCCGUAUCACACAACGGAUUCCAGUCUCAGGAAAUAUUUUGAAGUGUUCGGAGAAAUUGAAGAAGCUGUCGUGAUUACCGAUCGACAGACCGGCAAAUCCAGGGGGUAUGGAUUUGUGACGAUGGCUGACCGCUCGGCUGCAGACAGGGCCUGUAAAGAUCCGAACCCCAUCAUCGACGGCAGGAAAGCCAACGUCAACCUGGCGUACCUGGGGGCCAAGCCACGGGUGAUGCAGCCAGGUUUCACCUUUGGUGUUCCACAAAUUCAUCCUGCCUUUAUCCAAAGGCCUUAUGGGAUCCCUGCUCACUAUGUGUACCCUCAGGCCUUCAUGCAGCCAAGCACCAUGGUCAUCCCUCACGGCAUGCAGCCCAGUGCCGCCUCUGCCUCCACCGCCUCCUCCCCGUACAUCGACUACACUGGAGCAGCCUACGCUCAGUACUCUGCCGCCGCGGCUAGCGCUGCUGCCGCCGCAGCCUACGAGCAGUAUCCCUACGCCGCCUCCCCUGCGGCGGCCGGGUACCUAACCGCAGCCGGAUAUGGCUAUGUUCAGCAGCCCCUGGCUACGGCCGCACCGGGUUCAGCCGUCGCUGCGGCCGCAGCCUUCGGUCAGUACCAGCCUCAGCAGCUGCAAGCAGACCGCAUGCAAUAGCAGCCACUGCAGCCAUUGGACACAAUGGGAUGGGAGGCCCGCGGCCGGCCUCGGCUGAUUGGCUGUGAAGAGGAGAGGACGAUGAAGAGGAAGAGAGAGGGGCCGUGUCGGUAAGAGGGUGAAGAUGAUGAUGAUGAUGGUGAGGUGGGAACUCCAUACAGUAGCUUUCCAACUUGCUGUGUUUAAACCAAAAACUUUAUAAAUUCACAAAACUAAGUAAGGAAGGUGGAUUUAUCCUUAUGAUUAUUAUUGUUGUUAUUAAUAUAAAUAUUACUAUCAUUAUAAUUGUAGUAGAGUAUUUAUUUCUAGAGGAGAAAUGCAACAACUAAUCACAGUGGUUGUAGCUUGGUGUAAAACAUGACUUUAUGUUCCAUUGCUGUCAUUAACAUAGGAGAGAGAGAGCGUUCUCUUUAUGGGACACUUAGACGUGUCCCGAAGUGCCCUUGCAACCUAUAUUUACUAUCACAUUUCGAGGGCUCUUGUCCUUCUGUCUUUUCAAGUGCAUUGAAGUAAAUUGUCUGAUAAUCAGGGAAAUGUAUCAGUUUCCAGUGUGUUAGUAAAGACAACCUCUGCAUGUCAGGGAGUAGUUGAAAUAACUGUGGAGAAAAGGAGAAGAUUUGUAGCUCGUGUCACACGUUAAGAACUACCUUUUUAACUUCCUGAUGCUGAAUGUCCCUUUUUUGACUCUGUAUCUUGACCUCUUGACCUAUGCAAAGCAAACAAUUUACCAGGAGACAAAAAAACUGCAGGAAUAACCGAAAAUGUCGUCAACUCUUCAAAGGGCAUCACUAACAAUAUGAAGGCAACUCACAGAGAGAGAAAGAAAAGCAUGUUUUCAGACAAUGAGAAGCACCAAAUCAGUUAGUCUCAAACACAUGGCUGCAUGCAAACACACGCACACACACACACGCAUACACAGUUGCGUACAUAGUGGUAAAGGUCAAUGGGACCGGUCGUGCUCUCUGCCUCUGUGCAAUGGGAUCUAGUCAGAGAGAAAGAGAGAGGGAGGGAGAGGGAGAGAGAGAGGGAGCAGCUGGGGAGGGGGCUGGCACAGUUCGCCCAGCGCCACACAGACGGAUCACUCUGGAAAUAACGCAUCACUUGUCCUCAUUUGUUGAGCUGUCACAUUUUAAUCCCAGGGCCCAUUUGGGAACUGUCUCUUCUCUGUCCUGCCUGCCUGGCCCUGUCAGCACUUCCACCUCUGUCCUCUAUCCUCUGUCCUCUGUCCUAGAGCCGACCGGCUGGGCUGGUGUCAGGUACACACACACUUCCCUCCUAUGCUAACCCUCACCAACCCCCUGGCCCUGUACCCACUCCUCACAGCCUCACCAAUCCCCUGGCCCUGUACCCUGGCCCUGUACCCACUCCUCACAGCCUCACCAACCCCCUGACCCUGUACCCACUCCUCACAGCCUCACCAACCCCCUGGCCCUGUACCCACUCCUCACAGCCUCACCAAUCCCCUGGCCCUGUACCCUGGCCCUGUACCCACUCCUCACAGCCUCACCAACCCCCUGACCCUGUACCCACUCCUCACAGCCUCACCAACCCCCUGGCCCUGUACCCACUCCUCACAGCCUCACCAAUCCCCUGGCCCUGUACCCUGGCCCUGUACCCACUCAUCACAGCCUCACCAAUCCCCUGGCCCUGUACCCACUCCUCACAGCCUCACCAACCCCCUGACCCUGUACCCUGGCCCUGUACCCACUCAUCACAGCCUCACCAAUCCCCUGGCCCUGUACCCACUCCUCACAGCCUCACCAAUCCCCUGGCCCUGUACCCACUCCUCACAGCCUCACCAAUCCCCUGGCCCUGUACCCUGGCCCUGUACCCACUCCUCACAGCCUCACCAAUCCCCUGGCCCUGUACCCACUCCUCACAGCCUCACCAACCCCCUGGCCCUGUACCCUGGCCCUGUACCCACAUUUCUCACAGCCUCACCAAUCCCCUGGCCCUGUACCCACUCCUCACAGCCUCACCAACCCCCUGGCCCUGUACCCACUCCUCACAGCCUCACCAACCCCCUGGCCCUGUACCCACUCCUCACAGCCUCACCAAUCCCCUGGCCCUGUACCCACUCCUCACAGCCUCACCAACCCCCUGGCCCUGUACCCUGGGGUGGUGAUGGGGGAUGUAGAGAAGGGGGGGGGGGGGGGGCUGCAGGCGCUUGACAUAUGAAUCUAUGGGUUCUUAGUGUGCCUUACAUUUGUAUUGCUAUUUAAGAGAGUAAGAAAGGAGAUCUACUAUUUAAGAGAGUAAGAAAGGAGAUCUACUAUUUAAGAGAGUAAGAAAGGAGAUCUACUAUUUAAGAGAGUAAGAAAGGAGAUCUACUAUUUAAAAUAUUUAUUUUCAGAUUGGACUAUGUUCUAUGCGCUCUAAGGACAGAGAAUUAGUGGUGGUACUGUAUUCAUUUUAUUAUGUAUUCAUCUCAAGGUAUAUAAGUUAUUGGGUAGAUUUAGUUGUAUUAUAAUUAUUAUUAACAUACUCAACCAAAAAUGUUAAUGUAGGAUUUAUACAAGAUACAAUUCUGUAUGUGCACUGUACAAUUAUACUUUUUGCCUUUUGAAAUCUUAGAAUAAAUAUUGGUUAGUUGAAUGCCUUUUCUAUGAAACCUUAUUUAAAUGCAGGCCUGUUUGCGUGCAGACUGUUACUCUUUUGUGUUUAGAACGGUUGGAAAAGACAAACAAAAUCCUGACAAAAAUGAGCUAAUUGCUGCUUUAUACAUUAGAAUGUAUAGUUAUUGUCAUGGUUCGGAUAGUUGUGCUUCUAUUGCUUUUAAUAUACAUCAGAUGAGCUAUUUUACACUGUUGGGAAUUUUUAUACUUGAACUAUUUCUUACAAGGGAAAAUAUGAAAAAUAAAUGACAAAAAAAAACAUUUUAAGGAAGCUUUUUAUUGUCACUGGAUUAAGGCAUGUACAGUGUUAUUUACUAUAUUUAAAUGCAAAGGUCCUGUUGGUAGUAAAACUGUAUUUCAGAAUUUCAACACUAUUUACUCUAAAUUGAAAUAAAAGGUUCUAUAUUUAAAAACAAUACUGUUGUUUUUUUUAAGAUGGAUGUUGAAUUGAUGUUAAGUUGAUGUCAAAUUGAUGUUAAAUUGAUGUUGAAUUGAUGUUGUCUUCAGGUUGGGUGUCUUUUUGUGGGCCUUAGUAUGGAGGCCUGAGACAAUUGAUAGUCUGCAGAGCAAAUUAGGUAUGAAGCUGCCAAAGCUGUUGAUGUCUAUUAAACACCUAUAAACAGA